AUGAGAUUCAAGAGCUUUGACGAUGGUGUGAAUGGUCGACAUGUCAAGACGGGACAACUGGCGGCCAUCAAGGUCAUGGAUGUCACAGAGGACGAAGAGGAGGAAAUCAAGCUGGAAAUCAACAUGCUGAAGAAAUACUCCCACCACAGAAACAUAGCCACCUACUACGGAGCCUUCAUCAAAAAGAGUCCACCGGGCCACGACGACCAGCUAUGGCUGGUGAUGGAGUUCUGUGGUGCCGGUUCCAUCACAGAUCUGGUGAAGAACACCAAAGGCAACACACUGAAGGAGGACUGGAUCGCCUACAUCUCCCGAGAGAUCCUCAGGGGAUUAGCUCACCUGCACGCUCAUCAUGUCAUCCACCGUGACAUCAAGGGACAAAACGUGCUGCUGACUGAGAACGCUGAGGUCAAACUGGUGGACUUUGGUGUGAGUGCUCAGCUGGAUCGGACGGUGGGGCGGAGGAACACCUUCAUCGGGACGCCAUAUUGGAUGGCUCCAGAGGUCAUAGCUUGUGAUGAAAACCCAGAUGCUACCUAUGACUACAGGAGUGACCUGUGGUCCUGUGGAAUCACAGCUAUAGAGAUGGCUGAGGGAGCUCCUCCUCUGUGCGACAUGCAUCCAAUGAGAGCCCUCUUCCUCAUCCCCAGAAACCCCCCUCCUCGACUCAAGUCCAAAAAAUGGUCAAAGAAGUUCUUCAGCUUCAUUGAGGGCUGCCUGGUGAAGAAUUACACUCAGCGCCCCCCCACGGAGCAGCUGCUGAAACACCCCUUCAUCCGGGACCAGCCCAACGAGAGGCAGGUCCGCAUCCAGCUCAAAGACCAUAUCGACCGAACCAAGAAGAAGAGGGGCGAGAAGGAUGAGACUGAGUAUGAAUACAGUGGCAGUGAAGAAGAGGAGGAGGAGGCAUCUGAGCAAGAAGGAGAGCCGAGCUCCAUCGUCAACGUGCCGGGUGAGUCGACCUUGCGCCGAGACUUCAUCCGGUUGCAGCAGGAGAACAAGGAGCGCUCGGAGGCUCUGCGCCGCCAGCAGCUCCUGCAGGAGCAGCAGAUGCGCGAGCAGGAGGAGUACAAGCGCCAACUACUGGCCGAGAGGCAGAAACGUAUUGAGCAGCAGAAGGAGCAGAGGAGGCGGCUGGAGGAGGUGAACUUUUCAUACCCCAAGCUGAAUUAA